GGCGUUCAGUUCAUUUAGUGGUGAGUCCAGAAUGGGAGCGGACAAGCCCAAUGGAGUGGUGAACUACUGCCGGAGACCUCCUCAGCGGCCCUUCCUCCAGAGGAUCCAAUACGCGAUCUGGAACCCUGAGGAGAGGACCUUUCUCGGACGGACUGGGAAGAGAUGGGGCGUGAUAGGUCUGAUCUACCUGGUGAUGUACAUCUGCAUCAUCAUCUUCUUCUCGCUCUGCAUGUGCGGCUUGCUCUCCGCCAUGGACGAGAGGAUACCCUACUUCACGCUGGCUGACUCUAUUAUUGGUGACAAUCCAGGCAUGGGACACAGACCGAUACUAUACGAGCAGGGCGCUUUGAUAUGGUACAAAGCUGACAACGACACUCAGAUCAAGAAAUACGUGGAUAACAUCAAUGAGUUUCUUGCACCCUAUGAGAACAAAACCUUGCUCAUAAACCAGGGAGUGAACCAGCGUGACUGCGGCGACUCCAAACCUCCUCGCAACGAGGUCUGCUCCUUCAAUAUCAGCCAGUUCGGUGACUGCAACAAGGAAAACCAUUUUGGUUUCAAGAACAAGACACCAUGUAUUAUCAUUAAACUCAAUAGGCUUUUUGAUUGGAACCCCAACUUCUACGACGAUCCUCAAGCUCUUCCUCCUGGAAUGCCUCCUGAUAUAACAAACUAUAUAAACUCAACUACAACACUACAAGAACGCCGUAAAAUUUGGCUAUCGUGCAUGGGUGAACGACCAGCGGACGUGGACGCGCUGGGCCCCCUGAAGUACUGGCCGUUCCCCGGCCUGCCCGAGACGUUCUUCCCCUACGACAACACGCCGGGCUACCUCAGCCCUCUCGUCGCUGUGCAGCUGCUGCAGCCGAAAUUACACCAGAUCAUCAACAUUCGCUGCAGGGCGUGGGCCAAGAACAUCAGAUACACAGACAGCCUCAAGGACCGUUUUGGAUCCACGCAUCUCGAGAUUAUGAUCGACUGAACAUAGUUAAUAUCCUUCUAGGCAUCCAUUAGACAAUUAUUUAGGUUAUGCAUUAGUCAAUGCUUUUAAUUAUAUCGUCGUGUAAAAAAAUGGGGUUUAUUAUGUCCGUUCUUUACUUAUGCGUUCGCUUAUCAUUCAUCCGAUUGGGUUGAAAAUUACAAUUGUUAUUGAAACUUGCGUAAAGGUUUCUGACACAGUAUCAUCCACGUACAACAACAGCAAGUUGCACUACGACUCAAAUCUAUCAAAUAUGCAAACUUAAACUAACCCUCCAAAGCACCACGACAGACUUGCUUGGUUGAAGUCUUCAUUACACGAGUAAAACGUUUUAACCCCGAUUGCCUUUUAUGUUCUAUCACGAUUCACGACUCAUCACAACCCAGCAAUGUGUUUGCGGCUUUACUUAAUUAAAAGGGAUCAAUGCUUGACGAAUAUAAUUGUUAUAUGUGGGAUCAGUGUAUACCUAACCUGGGUAUAAAAUAGGUACUUAAGUAUGGGUUCGUAUUGGCCCAGUGCAUUUAGUUAAUUGUUUAAAUAUUAGAAUAAUAUUAUGAUUUUUGCUAUUGAUGAUGUAGGUAUUUUUUUGUAUAAUUUUCUUAUUUACUUUA